AAAUCAACAUUUAUGUAUACACAUUUUUCAUUUUAACUUAUUUAGAUAACACUAUUUCAUUUCAAAGCGAACUAAAGCGUCUAUAUUUAUUUCCGCGCGCGAUUUCCGCUUCCACUUGACAUUCCUGUAACAGUGCUGUAAUGCUUCCAGAAAUUUUGACUGUCAUGUUUGAAUAUCCUAACAUGUUAAUGGUAAAUCAACCAACUCUUAUUAUAUGCAUAUAAAAUUAUAUAUUAGAUUAUUGUAUAUGUAUAUAAAUUAAUAGUGUUCAUUUCUAUUUUAAUUCAUUUUAAUACAUUUAUUGUUUGGAGUGCAAAUUCUUGUGCACCACUCUCUGCUAAUGCAACCAUGUGUAUCAUAUGUACACGUAAAAUAAACAGCUGUCAGAAAAGCCGAUAAGUCUGGGAAGAUAGCUUGAUGCAUAUAAAUAUUGGUGCUUCGGACAUUAGAGAUAAGUAAAAUCCACGUAAACCAUUUAAUAAUAAUUAAAUUUUGUUAAUUCAACGUUAACUGCCGCGUAGCAUAAAAAGUAAGUUAAAAAUGUAUGGAGUUCAAAUGCUACACCUACUUAGUAUGCUGCUGCUGCUGGCAAUCAAUUGCGGCGCUGUGAAAGGUUUUGAUAAGAAUCCACUGGAACAAAAGGAAAAGUCGUCAAAGCUGCCACCUUGUAAAUCGUGCACCGUACUUGUAGAGUCAUUCAAGCUGGGUUUGGAGAAAACAAGCCGCGGUAAACAUGCAGGUGGAGAUGCGGCUUGGGAAGAGGAGAAACUGCGUUCAUAUAAAACUAGUGAAAUACGUUUGGUGGAGGUGCAAGAACAAUUAUGUAGUGAUGUGAGACGUGGGCAAGAUCAAUGCCAUACUAUGGCCAACGAUCAUGAACCUUUGCUGGAGGAAUGGUUCUUGCAUAAACAAACCGAUAUGCCCGACUUGCACGCCUGGUUUUGCAUUGAACAAUUGAAAGUGUGUUGCCCAGAUGAUCAUUACGGCUCGGAAUGCAAACAGUGCACUGAUUGCAAUGGCAAUGGAAAAUGUAAAGGAUCUGGCACACGGAAAGGCAAUGGGAAAUGCGCUUGUGAUGCUGGUUUCACAGGUGAUAAUUGUAAUACGUGCGCGGCUAAUUAUUAUGAAGCUUACAACGAUGGGAAGAAAAUGCUAUGUUCCACAUGCCACAGGUCUUGCGGGGAUACUGGAUGUACUGGCGCUGGUCCCAAAGCUUGCCGUAACUGCAAAGAAGGUUGGCUAAUGGGCACCGAUCCAGUCGGUUGCCAGGAUAUAAAUGAAUGCUUAGUUCAGAAACGACCUUGUCAUCCCAAUCAGUUCUGUGUGAACGAUGAGGGCACAUAUUCAUGCCUGGAAUGCGAUCGGUCGUGCGAUGGCUGUGACGGUGAUGGGCCCGAUAUGUGUAAAAAAUGUUCUACCGGAUAUACGUUGAAAGAGGGGAAAUGUCUAGAUGAGUCGUCCGAUCAACGCGACCAAUUCGUUAAUAUCACACGUUUACUUACUUAUUUUGGCCUAUGCAUCGCCACUUGUGUCAUUUUCCAAAGUUCAACACACAUCGCCUAUAUUGUGGGCGCAGCUGUAGCCAUCUAUAUAGCAGCAUCCGAAUAUUGGCUCAGUUCCACAGCAUCGCAGGGCGCGGCUAAACCACAAUUUGACACUAAGCAAUUAGAAGAUUUAAUUAUGAAGUCACUUUAAUAUCAAAAAGCAUUAACACGAAAUAUUUAUAAGCAAUUGCAGCACAAGACAAAAGUACAUGCAUGUAUUUAUUAGGAAAAUUCAAUUUUAUUCUGUGAAUAAAAGCUGUCAAGUGUAGCAAAAUUAACGAAAAUAAAUUAUUAACGACAAACAUAUGUUUUAACAACGCACAUACAUACAAGUUUAUAGCAAAUAACCAAUAUUGAGGGCACAAUUAAAAAUUAACUUCAUUUUUAUUGUAUCCUUCUGCAAAUACAUUCUACCCCCUUUGAUUAGCUAUAAUAUGUAGACUUAUUUUACAUUCCCUACAUUUUCUUAUAUUAUUCAUUUUUUAUUUAUACUUAUUUAUUGGCUAUUAGUUUCUAAAUAUAUAUUUUUUCCCAAUAUUUUGGUUUUACAGACGCGAACAUAAAUGACGUUAGUGAGGACGACGCAAAUAUAACAAAUAACGCAAAGACCGAAUUGUAAUUUUAGUUAAGCAGUAGCUUGGUGACAUACCGUUAUGUCAUAUUAACGAAAAAGCGUGUUUUGCAAUAUUUUAUAUAUUUAUAUUAUGAAAGCGGGUCUAUUCCAACAACAAUUGUUAGAUUUGCACCAGAACGAAGCUAUUUAAAUGAAUUUACUGUUGUAACUGUUUUAUUUAUAAUUAGCACAUUAUUAUUUUUUUAUUAAAAAGCAAAGCAUAGAUGCCAAAAACAUUGAUCCCAUAUAUUUAAGCGCACUUUUAGUUUAAGCUGAAUUCUAAGUAAUAUAACUGACAUGUAACUGCCAUUUUAAUAAAUGGAUGCUCGCAUAAUUGAAAUAAACUUCCAUUUUUUCAAGACGUAACGCCGUAAA